AUGAGCACCGCUGAAGCUGGCCCGAUCGUCUCCACCAACACAAUUGAAAUGCACCCUUCGCUAUCUAACCCACAAGCGGCUGCUGCUGAAAAACAAGCACUACCUGCCGUGAUGUCCGCGAAUCCCUUUGUCUGCGACAUCUGCAAGAGUAGCUAUUCCAGGAUCGACCACCUCGCUCGCCACUUCCGUAGUCAUUCUCUGAGCGAAGAAACCCUCCCAUUCAGUCCUAACUUUCUUGGGUUUCAACAACCUUGUUCUACCGGCUUCUUUCCAGAUAUCGGCUCUUCGGACUUGGCGGGGCACAACGAACUUGGAGACGAACUAGGAUGCUCCUGGGAUGCGUUCAGCUUGGAUAUCCUUAACUUUGGUGCUAUCGAGAGCCAGCCCUUAACGCCAACGCUACCAAACGUGGAUGUAACUUCAGGAGCUGACGAGCGUGUCUCUCUUGGCGAAGACGCCUACAAGAAAUCGUUCCUGCUCUGGACGCCAAAGGCAGGUGAACACUGGGGUUCCAGAACCUCAGAUCUCCCCCCUUCUCUCGACGGAGUGCUGUCUGCUUGUGCUUCUCUCCCUCAACAGCACACGCCGCAUAUACGCCUUGAGGAGUCUACCCGGUAUCGCAUUCUUAGCCUGAUGUUAUCUGUCGCAGGCUCUGACGACCACCAUCGCAUUCUCUCAUCCUUUCCGCCUCUAAAAGUGCUAGAGUAUCUACUGUCUACGGAACUCGCGGGGAAUAACCGGGAGGUGGACUCGUGGCUUCAUGCCCCCAGCUUCAACCCCAAUACCGCCUGUAGCGAGCUGGUCCUCGGCCUAAUCAUUGCCGGUGCCUUCCGAUCAGGCAGUGCUAUAUCUCAUAGACUUGCCCUUGGUCUACACGAGCUUCAUCGACAACUCAUUGCACGCUUGUUUUGCAGCGAUGGGCGCAAUGCUCGGUUGCUUGAACCAGUCAAAUGCUUUGUGCUUAUGGUCCAAGGCGGCUUGUGGAGUGGUGAUAGCCGAACCAUCGAGAUAUGCGAAAGUAUGCUCGGGAUGCCGAUUACUAUGAUGAGGAGGGGAGGUUUCUUUCGACUAGCAUACCCAGGAGGCGCUUCACCGCUUCCGGGCGACAGCGACGUGGUUUUAAGGGAGAAAUGGCAUUCUUGGCUUGACUAUGAAUUGCGAAAAAGACUUGUGCUGCAUCUGUUGAUACUCAGCACCCAGUACUCGAUGGCAUUCCUCACACAACCCCCCUUGACGCCCGCCGAAAUACAUGCUAGCCUACCAGCAGCACGAAAGCUCUGGGAUGCGCCCACUGCUGAUGCGUGGCGGGAAGCCUACACCAGCCUUGGCUGCUCCGCCUCAAAGAUCUUAUUGCACACAUGCAUUGAAGACCUCCAAAAUAUAUUAACCCUGGGAAACACUGUGGAUGCUGGAUACACGACUCUGGCGGUCCUCUCUGGCUUGUGGUGGAACACUUGGCAAUACAAGGAGCGCCUCAAGGCUCAAGCCAAGCAUUCGUUCAGUACCCAGGCCCUCUAUCAAGAAGCACGAGAGUCACUGGAAUCCUUUGCUAUCAUCCAUACAAGGGCGCUUGGGCCUAUGAAGCCCUCACUCCUCGUUCUUCACGAGCGGCAGCUCAUGUACCUUGACGUUUCUCUCGAGGAUCUGCAGUUACUCGGCGGCAAGGAGGGUGAGCGCGAAGCACUUUGUGUCCUUCCGCGACUCAGGGAGUGGGCCGAGAGUAGAUCCUGCCAGGAGGCCAUGUGGCAUGCUGGCCAGAUCUUGCGGGCGGCACGUCAGAGUGACCAAGGCUCGCUGUGCGAGUCCACGGUUAUUGCUCUCUACCAUGCCAGCUUGAUAUUCUGGUCAUACUCGAUCUUGUCAAGGGCACGAAUGAUGAAUAUCCCCACUGAUCUUGAUGAGAUAGUCUUGGACAGCGAGCACGAGCCACUGUUGCAACAGCUUCUGAUGUUGGGGUUUGGAACGCCUUGCAUCACGCGUGUCCACCCAGGAACCGGUGUCGUGCAGAAUUUGACCAUUCGAGUUACAGACCAGCCAGAUGUUAUGAUGGUCUUUGGGAAUCUCCUGUCUGAGCAUCACAGGGGUGAGUGUAAGGACUGUCCCAGCUUGGUCGGUAACCUGACACGACUUAUCUGGCAGCUUGGUCAGGCUGCAGAAUUGGUACAACGUCGGCAAUCUCUAACUUGA